GUUUUCCCUUCUUCCGCCCUCCCUUAAUCUUCAACCAAUCGGAGCCUUCGCUUGGCCUAUACCGGAAGUUCCGGUGCUGAACUUUGGUUGGUGUGGACUCUCUUUUCUUUUCAGUAAGCACUCAUUACUUAAGAUUUUCUGGCCCAGGUUCGGUGUCUCAAUCAGUCGCGGCAGGUUGAGAGUCUCUCCCUCAUCUUUCUCGCCCUCAGUCUCCUUUGCCCUGCGCCUCAGGCAAUAUUACCAACCCCCCAGAAACGAAGCCUUGGUCGGAGAAACGACCACAUGUGGGUCAGAGGCUUCAGAAAAACCGUGUCGUGGCCACGACAACUACUUCCCGGCCUCUGGGCCGCCCCUGAUCCUGUUUCCAUCCUCUACAGGGAACGAUGGGGCCCGCGGAAGCCACUCAGGCUGUAAAGAAGCCGCAGCCAUUCUUCGGGGUCUAUCUCCUGUACUGUCUCAACCCCAAAUACAGAGGCCGUGUCUAUGUGGGUUUCACCGUGAAUCCCUCUCGGCGAAUCCAGCAGCAUAAUGCCGGGCGCAAGAAGGGAGGAGCGUGGCGGACUAGUGGGCGGGGACCAUGGGAAAUGGUCCUCAUAGUCCAUGGCUUUCCUUCUGAUGUGGCUGCCCUUAGGUUUGAAUGGGCCUGGCAGCACCCGGGGUCCUCCCGACGUCUCGCUCACUUAAGUGGCAGAACCAGGAAGGAAGGAGCCUUUUUCUUCCACCUCCGGGUCUUGGCCCAGAUGCUGCAGGUGGCCCCUUGGAAUCGGUUGCCCCUCACCCUUCGUUGGCUACGACAGGACUUCCAGCAGGAACUCAGUCCUCCACCUCCCCAGCACAUGCCUCUAGCUUUUGGACCUUUGCAACCAGACCUCACUCAGAGGGGCAGGGGAGGGAUGGGCAGGGAAGCAGAUGAGGUCUUCUGUUCUCUCUGCCAGCAGUUAGUCCAGGAUAAGAAUGGACCCCUCUGCUGUCCUCACCCCAGUUGUCCACUGAAUGCUCACCUGACUUGCCUGGCUGAGGAAUUCCUACAAGAAGAACCUCAACAGCUUCUGCCCCUGAAGGGCUGCUGCCCAGGCUGUAAGAACACUUUGCUGUGGGGAGACCUCAUUCGUCUACACCAGGCAUAUCCUAGAGGUCUGGAUGAGGUAGAAUCUGACCUUGAAGAGACACAUUGGACAGAUGAACUGAAGACUUAAAUGGCCACUUUUUUAUGCCUUAAAGGACCUAAGCUUCCAAGAAAGCUAGCUUUGUAUUCCAUCCCCAGCAGGUGUGGGGUGGGGUGGGGUGGGGAGGUUAAGUAAUUUUUAAUAAAUAGAUGGG